UUAAUUAGGCAAAAUUGUUACCAAAUUGUUAAAUAAUCACUCUUCGGGAAUCAAUCAGUCCUGACGAGGCGAUCGAAAUGGCCUCGUCGUCGUCUUCCUCCGGCGGCCGCCUCGCCGGAACCCUAGCCCUUCGGCGGGGCUCGGCGGCGGCGUCGCUGAUCCCGGGGCUCCCGGACGACGUGGCGGCCAUCAUCCUCUGCCUGCUCACCUUCCCCGAUCAGUCCCGCCUCCGCGCCACCUCCCGCGCGUGGCGCCUCCUCCUCUCCGCCGCGACGCUCCUCCCACUCCGCCGCAGUCUCCACCUCCCGUGCCGGCACCUCCUCUGCCUCUUCCCCACCGACCCCUCCCUCGCCUCCCCAAUCCUGCUCGACCCCGCCGCCCCCACCGCCUGGUGGCCCCUGCCGCCGCUCCCCUGCUCGCCGCAGCUCUACGGCCUCGCCAACUUCGCCACCCUCGCCGUUGGCUGCCACCUCUACGUCCUCGGCGGCUCGUGCUUCGACGCCCGCAGCUACCCCCUGGGCCAUCCCUCCUCCUCCGCCGCCGCCUACCGGCUCGACCUCGCCCACUCCCAGCACACCUGGGAACGCCUCUCAGACAUGCUCGCCCCGCGCGGGAGCUUCGCGUUUGCUCCCACUCCCAGCGGUGGUGGGGUCAUCGUCGCCGGUGGCGGGUCCCGACACCCCACGUUCCCCUCCAACGGCAGCCGCACCGGCAGCACCGAGUGGUACGACGCGACCGCGCGCUCGUGGCGCAGCGCCGCCGCGAUGCCCCGGGAGCGGGCCGGGUGCGUGGGGUUCGUGGCGCGUGGAGCAGGGAACGGCGGUGAGGAUGAGUUCUGGGUGAUGGGAGGGUACGACGGGUACACCACGGUGGGGGGAGUGGUGCCAAAUGACGUGUACUGCCGGGACGCUGUGGCGCUCGAACUAUGGAGCGGGAAGUGGAGGGAGAUCGGAGACAUGUGGGAGCAAGGGGAGAGGCGCCGGCUUGGACCCGUUGCAACCUUAUCUGCAGAUAACGGAAGUGUUACUGAGGUGUUCACGCUAGAUGGCAGUGAUGUCUUCAGGUAUGACUUUGCUUCAAACAGGUGGCUGAAAGAGGCAACCACGAGAAGAAAGAUCCCAUACACCGAAUCUUGCGGUUUUGUUUCAAUGAAUGGGGAACUGUAUGUGCUCACAUCUGCAAAAAUUCCUGCUGAAGUCUCUGGUCCGUGGAGGCAGCUGAAGAAGAGGUUGGCUCUGGAGUUUCAGGUGUACAACCCUGGGACAAAGAAAUGGAGGGUGCUUACCAUACAUCCACCUGCCAAUGCGCCCAUUGAUUUCAGGACUGCAGCUCUCUGUACAGUUGAGCUGUAGGUCUAUUGAUGAUCGCCAUGAACUGUAUAUUCAGGGGCAAGCCAUUUGAUUGCAAAUACAACCCAAAAAUGUCUACCACUUCAAAUGACUCAACGAAUAUGCGAAUAUUGUCGUGUGCCAGCUUGUAUAUACAGAGUAGAAAUAACAUUGGCUGUACAUCGCAAGAACAAGUAUCUCAGAUACUGCAUAUUAGGUGUUAUUUGUUACCUCUUUCAUCUGUAAAUCAUCGCUUUCUUUUUC